AUGUACGAGAUUUUCUCCCACCCAGAACUCCGGCGUUACAAGACUUCAAUCUUCUCCAAAGCUACCCUGCUUAUGUUAGCUAUUUUAAUCUUGACCUUCAUACCCCCUUUGUUGAUUGUGUACAGAAGCUAUGGAUUCUGGUUGCGUGAAGCCACAUACAGAGAACAGCCUCGUGUGGCAUUCAAGAAGGAAUUUAUUUUAAUCCUGGACCUUCAGAAUGGCCAAAACCCAGUUGUAUACAGUACUUUUCAGCACUACAACCAGCUAGUUCAGUCCUACCUACGUAUACCUGUUGUCAAGGCAAGAGAAGAGGACAUCAAUGGGGAUGGCAAGUAUGAUAGUCUCAGCCUUGACAUUGAUGUACCGAUGAACGCAGCAGACCAGGUCGUUGGUGUCAAACUAGUCCUCUUUUUCUACUACAAGUUGAGGAGGUUUUCACAGUUUCACAUGGAGUCUCUGGGCUACAUCGACUACAGCUCUUCGGUUCCUGGAGGUAGCCUUCAAGUUUUCUCCGAUCUGAGGCUGAGACAGAAACAGUUGCUAGGAUACAGAGGCACAGACACUCGCUACAAUAAUACGUUGGUAGAUCCGGCAAGUCCAUAUGCUGAGACGUAUUCAUUAGCAAGCAUUUUCAAAGCCUAUAGCAGUCGAAAUGUGACAACACUUCUCCAAGAUCCAAUGAAAAUAUGGUCUGCAGGACGGGCUGGAGAUUCCCCCUUUAGGGUAUCUGUUCUCGUCAACUACCCAGAAGAAGUCAUCUCCUACACCCCAGGUUUCUGGUAUCUCAUCAAGUGGGGCUGGGUGCAGUACGUCUCCGUCCUGCUCAUCUUCCUCUACAUCUUCAACAAGGUCAAGGUUUUUGUCUUCCAACACCAGGUCGUGGCCACCGUCGUUGAAACACCAAUCACCUCCAGUCUCGGACGCAAAGAUAAAUUUUCUUGA